ACCCUGGCUCUGUCAUUCCUCCCUUCUCAUUCAUUGCCACCCAAGAAGCCCUUACUUACACAUCAUGGCCCCCAAGAAGCCAGACCCCAAAAAGGAUGCCCCCAAAGCCGCUGCCGCCGCACCGCCGCCUCCUGCUCCAGAGCCCCCAAAGGAAGUUGCAUUUGACCCAAAAAGUGUCUCAAUUGAAUUCAGUGCUGAUCAGAUUGAAGAAUUCAAAGAGGCCUUCCAGCUGUUUGACCGUACCCCAGGUGGGGAGAUGAAGAUCACUUAUGGGCAGUGUGGUGAUGUUUUGAGGGCUUUGGGACAGAAUCCCACCAAUGCAGAAGUACUGAAGGUCCUAGGAAGACCGAAACCAGAAGAAUUAAACACCAAACUCAUUGACUUCGAGACCUUCCUUCCGAUGCUUCAGCAUAUCUCCAAAAAUAAGGACCAGGGUUCAUUUGAGGACUUUGUAGAAGGACUGCGUGUUUUUGACAAGGAGAGCAAUGGCACUGUGAUGGGAGCUGAAUUACGCCACGUCUUGGCCACCUUAGGUGAGAAGCUGCAAGAAAGUGAAGUGGAACAAUUGCUGUCAGGACAAGAAGAUACCAAUGGAUGUAUUAACUAUGAAGCUUUUAUCAAGCACAUUAUGGCUGGCUGAAAAUAAUGUGAUCUCCAUGAACUAGUCAUCCAUCCCCAACCACCCUAUUCAAUUUGAUUAUGAAGAACCUGACAACUCGCCAUGGUCCAAAAGCCACAUUUGAAAUGUGAAUGUCCUGGAGUCCUCAUAGAGGCUGUUGCCCUGUAUUGAAAUACAACAUGCAAUUUUAAAUUAUAUGUGAUUUUUUUUCUCCUGGUGAAUUCCACCAAAUAAAUUUCACAAAAAAACCCACAGAA